UGAUACGGUACAACAGCGACCUGGUACAGAAGUAUCAUCCCUGCUUCUGGAUCGACGGCCAGUACCUGUGCUGCUCCCAGACAGCGAAGAACGCCAUGGGCUGCCAGAUCCUGGAGAGCUGUUCUGAAGGUUUAAAAGUUGGACGGUCGCAUCGCAAGACAAAGAAGCCUCUUCCCCCAACUCCUGAGGAGGACCAGAUGGUGAUGAAGCCCUUGCCCCCCGAGCCGGCCCCCAGCACAGCAGGCGAGAUGAAGAAGGUGGUGGCCCUCUACAACUACCUGCCGAUGAACACCCAGGACCUGCAACUGCAGAAGGGCGAGGAGUACUUCAUCCUGGAGGAAAGCCACCUGCCGUGGUGGAAAGCCCGUGACAAGAACGGGAGGGAAGGAUACAUCCCCAGCAACUAUGUCACUGAAACCAGAAAUUCCCUGGAGAUCUUUGAGUGGUACUCAAAGAAUAUCACUCGGAGCCAAGCGGAGCAAUUGCUGAAACAGGAGGGUAAGGAAGGGGGCUUCAUUGUCCGAGACUCCACCAGCAAGACAGGGAAAUACACUGUCUCCGUCUAUGCCAAGUCCUCUGUAGACCCCCAAGGCACAAUCCGCCAUUACGUUGUAUGCUGCACCCCCCAGAACCAGUAUUACCUGGCAGAAAAGCACCUGUUCAACACCAUCCCGGAGCUCAUCACGUACCAUCAGCACAACUCUGCCGGGCUCAUAUCGAGACUGAAGUACCCCGUGUCUCAACACCAGAAAAGUGCUCCUUCCACAGCUGGCCUCGGCUACGGGUCAUGGGAGAUUGACCCGAAGGAUCUGACCUUCCUGAAGGAACUGGGGACAGGGCAGUUUGGUGUGGUGAAGUACGGGAAAUGGAGAGGCCAGUACGAUGUCGCUAUCAAGAUGAUCAGGGAGGGCUCCAUGUCAGAGGAUGAGUUUAUCGACGAAGCCAAAGUCAUGAUGAACCUAUCUCAUGAGAAGCUGGUGCAGCUCUACGGGGUCUGCACCAAGCAGCGUCCCAUCUUCAUCAUCACCGAGUACAUGGCCAACGGCUGCCUCCUGAACUUCCUGAGGGAAACUCGGCGGCGGUUCCAGCCUGCCGAGCUGCUGGAGAUGUGCAAGGACGUCUGUGAAGCUAUGGAGUACCUGGAAUCUAAGCAGUUCCUGCACCGAGACCUGGCUGCUCGCAACUGCUUGGUGAAUGACCAAGGAAUUGUGAAGGUGUCAGAUUUUGGCCUUUCCAGGUAUGUUCUAGAUGACGAGUAUACAAGCUCCAUGGGGUCAAAGUUUCCAGUGCGGUGGUCUCCCCCUGAAGUGCUUCUGUACAGCAAGUUCAGCAGCAAGUCCGACAUCUGGGCUUUUGGCGUUCUGAUGUGGGAAGUUUACUCUCUGGGGAAGAUGCCGUACGAAAGGUUUAAUAACAGCGAGACGACUGAGCAUGUCAUCCAAGGCCUGCGCCUCUACCGGCCGCAGCAGGCCUCGGAGCGGGUCUACGCCAUCAUGUACAGCUGCUGGCAUGAGAAGGCUGAGGAGCGUCCCACCUUCACCGCGCUGCUGAGCAGCAUCACGGACAUCACCGACGAGGAGCCCUGA